AUGAACGGCGUUAUUGAGGCGCUUCAUAUCUACGAUGAUAACCGAAACCCUAUUCUCUCACAUACCUACGCAGGGAGGCCGCUCUCGGCAACUCAUCUUCUACCCCUCUACCUAGAACAUCCCGCACCGAGACCGAACCUCAUCUACCUCCCCAACACGAGUCCUCCGACACUCGUCUUCAGCAUGAUACAUGCGAAUCUUUUGUUCCUUGCUACAUCAUCAACCGAGAUCGAACCGCUGCUGGUUUUCGAGUUCCUACACCGCAUAAUCGAUGCCUUUGAGGACUUUAUGGGCGCGCCUAUCCUGGCCGUCAAGAUCGAGAAUAAUUAUGACAUCGUUGCACAACUGCUGACGGAGAUGUGCGAUGCCGGCACAGUGAGCACAACAGAACCCAAUGCUCUGCGAGAAGUGGUGGAGCAGGAGGGCUGGGUUGGAAAAUUGCUGGGAAGCAUCAAUCUUCCAGGUAAAGCACCUUUGAGCGCCAUGUCGAAUUCGAGCACCCCUCCCUUACUGCCAUCAAACUCAACUGCUCUACCAUGGAGGAGAGCCAAUGUACGACACACAUCCAACGAGAUGUACGCCGAUAUUGUCGAGACCCUAUCCGUUACGCUCGCUCCAUCAGGAAGACCACUAGCCGCAUUUGCCAACGGCACCAUCGCAUUUACCUCCAAGGUGUCAGGUGUUCCAGACAUUACACUGAAUAUCACCAGCCCAUCCGGAAAACACAAUCUUGGAGGUAUCAUGGAGCUACCAGUGUUUCACCCAUGUGUACGACUUAACCGAUGGAAAGAGAGACCGGGAGAACUUAGCUUUAUUCCACCCGAUGGAAGAUUUAUUCUGGCUGGAUACGAGGUGGAUCUACUACCAUUCACGAGUGGCAAGAGUGGAAGUCUAAGUUCCAACAACCUCAAACUGCCAAUCAACCUGGAGGUCAAGACAGGACUGGGUGUAACAGGGUCAGAUUUUGAGGUUCGACUACAAGUCAACAAGAUCCUUGGAGCACCUUCCCCAGCAUCAUCAGGUCUAGGAAGAGGCGGCAGCGGAGGUCGGUUAGGUGGUCCUCAUCCUGGGUCACCAGGAGCGCCUCUGAUGGACGACUUGACUGUGACGAUUCCACUCCCAGCAGAUGUUAGAAACCUGUCUGAGAUCCGGCCAAGCAAAGGUGAUGCCAGCUUCAACCCUGGCGAAAGAUUUUUGGAAUGGUACAUCCCCGCGAAGGAACUGUCCGGCGGGACAAGCUACUUUGGUCUUAGGUGCACUGUAGUGGGACCGCUGACAAGUGAUGGCGAUGAAGGAUUCGAUCCUAACGGGUUUGGAUUUGGAACCGACUACACAUUCGACGGCCCAUAUCAGAGCGUACCUGUGGCCAAGGCGGCACAAAACCCAGAGAGUACGGCCGAUGACAAGGACGCUAAGAAGAUUGCCCAGAACAAGAUCCUGAUGCCAACAUCGGCAUCAGUGAGCUUCUCAGUCAAGGGAUGGUUGGCAAGUGGGCUAAAGGUAGAAAGCAUGCAGCUAGACACACGCAAGAGUAGGGGCCUGGGAGAGAGUGUCAAGCCUUACAAAGGGGUCAAGUACUUGACAAUCAGCAAGGGAGGUGUGGAGAUACGAUGUUAA